GAACGAGCCAAUCACAGCGCUUAAACUGAAUCGAGCGUAAAACGUGUCGUACGUGAUGUUGUCUUUGCGCUGUAACCGGUCAUUCCGAGAAUUGGCUUGACUGACUAAAUGAUUUAAUGUUUAAGGCUGUGGUUGACAUAGAUUCUAGAGGACGUCCUUCUGUGGGUUCUAAUGUCGGGGCCCACUCUCCUCAUCCUGUAUGGGAGCCAGACUGGGACUGCACAGGACACAGCCCAGAGGAUCGGGCGGCAGGCACGAAGACGGCAGCUGCAGGUCCAUGUGAUGCCCCUGGAUCAAUACAAUGUGACCAACCUGAUCCUAGAGUCUCUGGUUGUGUUUGUUUGUGCCACCACUGGCCAAGGAGACCCGCCAGAUAAUAUGAAGAACUUCUGGAGGUUUCUUUUCAGGAAGUCUUUACCCGUUGGCUCCCUGAGCCGACUGGACUGCGCUGUACUCGGUCUGGGUGACUCGUCCUAUCCAAAAUUUAAUUUUGUGGCCAAGAAGCUUCAUAAGCGCCUUCAGCAACUGGGUGCUAGUUUACUGCUGCCUGUCGGCUUGGCUGAUGAGCAGCAUGAUCUGGGGUCAGAUGCUGGGAUUGACGUGUGGCUCGCUUCAUUUUGGAAAAAGACGUUGUCUUGGUACCCGUGUUUGUCUGAUGUGAUUCCACUAAGAGAAGAUGAACCACUCCCUCCUACAUACACAUUUCACUUUCUGGAGGAUAGAAUAGAAAAGGCUGAUGACAGACUGAGGAUUCCCACAGAGCGAACCGUCGACUCCCACCUCUUCCCGGCCAAAAUGCUGUUCAACAGGAGAGUUACGGACCUGUCACACUUUCAGGAUGUGAGGCACAUAGAGUUUGACAUCACUGGAUCCAACAUUGAGUUUACUGCUGGUGAUGUGGUGAGCAUGCGUCCCCGUAACACGGCAGAAGACGUACAGCAGUUCUGUCAACUGCUGAGAUUAGAUCCACAGGCUAAGUUCAUCCUCAGACCCACUGGCAACACUGUAGUUCCAGCCAGACUUCCUCAGCCCUGCACUGUGCGCCACCUGGUGGAGGCCUACCUAGACAUUGCCGCUGUGCCCCGUCGUUCCUUCUUCGAGCUGCUGUCUACCUUCGCCACCAACGAGCUGGAGCGUGACAAGCUGGUUGAAUUCAGCUCGGCGGCAGGCCAGUCCGAGCUGCACAGCUACUGCAACAGGCCUCGACGCACUGCACUCGAGGUUUUGGUGGAUUUCCCACAUACUACAGCAGAACUCAAAGUGGACUAUAUCCUGGAUCUGUUUCCUGAGAUUCAACCUCGCUCUUUCUCCAUUGCCUCCUCUCUUAAGGCUCAUCCACACAGGCUUCAGAUCCUUGUCGCUGUUGUCUGCUACAAAACUAAGUUGUAUAAACCAAGAAGAGGCCUGUGUUCCACGUGGUUGGCCUCCCUGGACCCCGCACAAGGGGAGGUGUUUGUGCCUCUGUGGGUGAAGAAGGGAAGUCUGAAGUUGCCAAAAGAGAAGGACACUCCUGUGAUAAUGGUUGGACCUGGAACAGGAGUGGCUCCGUUCAGGUCGGCCUUACAAGAAAGGACGGCUGAAGGGAGAACUGAGAAUGUCCUGUUCUUUGGCUGUCGUUCGGAGUCCAAGGACUUCUUCUUCAGGUCAGAGUGGGAGGACAUGAAGGAGGCUGGACAUUUGACACUCUUUACUGCCUUCUCACGGGACCAGGAGGAGAAGGUUUAUGUGCAGCACCGCGUAAAGGAGAACGCUCGUCUUCUCUGGGACCUGGUGGCCAGUAAAGGUGCCUGCUUUUACAUAGCUGGUAAUGCCAAACAAAUGCCUGCCAGCGUGACUGAAGCUCUGAAAGAGGCGAUGGAGCAGGAGGGAGGCCUGUCUGUAGAGGAAGCUGAACAGAUGCUUGGAGCCAUGGAGAAGACGGGUCGACUCCAGAGUGAGACCUGGUCCUAACUAACCAGUGGACCACUGCCCCACACAGUCCUGCUUUCUUCAACUUUCUUAGUACGCAUAUCACAUUGAUCUGCGAGCUUCACGAGAACUUGUUAUUUACAUUGAGCAUUACUAAACAACACCUAUACAUAUUUUACUUUGUGAAAUAACUGAGUCUGUAUCAACUAGAAUUAGACAAAGAAGGUGACACAUGAAGCAUAAGUAAUGUCAAACUGUCUCAGGUCCACCAGGCUGUUCUUGUAAAUUAAUUUAUGAAUCAGUAACAAUAUGAAUAUCAAACAGGACUAAUAUCCCAUAUGCAUAAAAAACAUCUUCAAAACAA